UGACACUCCUGAUCUUGUACUCAAACAACACAAAACCAUGGACGAACAUAAAUGUAUCCAACAAGGAGAUGAAAACAAGAAAGAAGGAGAAGAGGGAAGGCCUGAAAACGAAGAGAAUCGAGGCUUCAUCUGUCCUGGAUCUCCCAGUUUCAGAGUUUAUUUUGUUGAAGAAACACAAGAUGACAAAGCAAAUGUUGAAAUGAAAGAUGCAGGUAUUGAAGAUGUCUCACACAAGAAGUCGCCAAGUCAUGAGAGCGUUGAGAGCGCCACUAGUGCAAAAUCUGCCGAGGACCAGGAGAACAAGGUGAUGAAGAAAGGGAAAAAAGGAACGACUUUCAAUAGAGUCAUCAGUAAAAAAAGACCAGUUGGCGUUGGAGUGAAGAAUCUGUUGAAUGUUAAAUCUUGCUAUCAUUUAAGUUGUUCGGGAAAUGACAGAGCCAAUCUUCUAGCUAGAAAAGCCGAAGCUUAAGAUUUUCCUAGCAAUGGAAGGGAUAGUUUG